GCGGAGACCAAAGAAGAAGAGCUCUGCCCCGCAGUCGUGAUGUUUUGCAGUCUGUGUGCAGUUCGAAUCUUUUUAAGCUGUUUAUUCACGUUAGAAUAACAUAUUCCUGACAACAGAGUUGGCGGCGUCUCUGUUCAACAUGAAUGAAACAGAGGGGCUGCGGUUCAGACGGCUGUACCGACCACAGGUCAUCACAGACGAUUUACAGGAGCGCCAGUUGAAAUCAUCCAGUACUUACAGUGGCAAAGUGUUUCGGGUCACUCUGCUGUCUCUUGGUGGAUUCUUGGUUCUGCCCGUCCUGUUGGUUCUGCUGGUCCUAGAGUCUCCCAUCCAGCCCGAGAUCCUCAGUCUGAGCGAGCCUCCUGUCAUGAUGGGAUGUUAUGAACCCAACCUGAAGCUGAGGGAGGCUCAGAGGAUGUUUGAAGACCAGAUUGUUGGACCAGAGUCUAUUGCCAACAUUGGAGACAUUUUGUACACAGGAACGGCUGAUGGAAAGAUCCUAAAGCUGGUUGGUCGGAGGUUCCAUAUUGUGGCGAGACUUGGCCGACCUCCAUGUGGCUCCAGGGAAGAGGAGCCAAGCUGUGGGAGGCCCCUGGGAAUCAGGGUAGGGCCCAACGGGACUCUCUUUGUGGCAGACGCCUACCUGGGUCUGUUUGAGGUCAACCCUACAACAGGUCAUGUGACCAACCUGGUGCAGGGGGGUCAGCUGGUGGGCGGGAGGAAGCUGUCAUUCAUCAACGACCUGACAGUGACACAGGAUGGCAGGAAGGUGUAUUUCACCGACUCCAGCAGCAAGUGGCAGCGUAGAGACUAUCUCAGUCUUAUCAUGGAGGCCACUGCGGACGGACGAGUUUUGGAGUACGAUGUGGAGAGCAGGGAGGUGUCAGUGGUGAUGGAGAAUCUGCGUUUCCCCAACGGAAUCCAACUCCUCCCCGAUGAAGAGUCUGUGUUAGUGGCUGAGACCACUAUGGCACGAAUACGCAGGGUCCAUGUCUCUGGCCUCAACAAAGGCGGGAUGGACACGUUUGUGGACAACCUGCCCGGCUUUCCUGACAACAUCCGUUCCAGCUCCACAGGAGGUUACUGGGUGGCCAUGUCUGCCGUCAGGCCCAACCCUGGCUUUUCCAUGCUGGACUUCCUGUCUCAGAGGCCCUGGAUCAAGAAACUCAUCUUCAAGCUCUUCAGUCAGGAUGUGCUGAUGAAGUUUGUCCCUCGCUACAGUCUGGUGGUGGAGCUUCAUGACGGAGGCGUGUGCACGCGCAGCCUCCAUGACCCACACGGCCUGGUGGCCACCUAUGUCAGCGAGGCCCACGAGCAUGAUGGGUACCUGUACCUGGGCUCCUUUCGCUCGCCGUUCCUCUGCCGGCUGGAUCUCAGCAAGGUGUGAAUCACACAUGCACAUGCACACGCACACGCGCGCAUGCACACACGCACACACACACACACACACACACACACACACACACACACACACACACACACACACACAAUGUUCACUGUCACACUGCUAGCAAACAAAGAAAUCACGACUUGCUCCUGUCUGAUGAACUCUCUGAGUCAGCUAGCUGAUUGACGGCUUUACUGCCUGGCAGUUCUGUUUAAAGUGAUAGGCGGGACAUCUGUCGAGGAUGGAAUGUGAUUGGCUACUGAAAGAUAAUGUUUGUAAAACAUUCAGUCAACUUUCCUCCACUGAAAAGCCAACCGCAACAUUGAAAGAAGAAAAAAAAAAGGACUUCCUGUGACUUAUCUGGAGCUAGUGGUGUGAAAACAGGCACACACACACACACACACACACACACACACACACACACACACACACACACACCCACCUGUGCUGUGAUAUAAUCAGCUAACCAGUCGUAGGUAAGCAGAAGGCGCUGCAGGACACAUGCUGUGCUAGAUUGCUAACUGCUAGCUUCUGGAUCGCGUGAUUAAAUUUGCAAGGAGAUGGUGAGACAGAUUAAUUAUCCAAUCAGCCAGAAAGUUCAUUAGCAACAAGGGAAAAAAAACUGUGGCUCCCAUUUGUUUAAGGAAUAACAACAUCAAACUAUGGAAAACUGUGAAUAUAUUGCCAUUACCGCUGUGAAGCGUGCCAACAUCUGUAUUAACAAUGCAAGUGUGUUUGCCACCUCGCAGAGUGUAACAAUAAUUAGCUGUUACUAAUGUUUAGUUAGCGAUACUCCGUUGACAAGGAUCUGUUAGUAACCAUAACUUGACUCAGUAAAGAUUUUAGUGUCUCAUGGUAAUGAUGUUGUUUUCAUUGAUGACAUUGUUUGUCAUGAUUAAAAAAAUACCACGUUUAAAGAAUCAUUAGCAUGAUGGAGCAUCAGAGCCAAUCUCGGCGAGGACAAAUCUUUUGAUAAACGCCGCUAAAGUUUUCUAUAAUUUUGUUUUUACUCCCACAAUGUUAUUCUUGUAUCAUUUGAAUGCCUUCUCCACCACAGAGACAUGUUGUUAGUAAGCAGAAUAAAGACUGUCUUCACCUGGCCCAGAAAAACAAGCAACCCCAAGUCACCCGUAGAUUUUUCCCAGUUUGAAUUUAGAUUUAUUCAGUUCUUUUACCCAGCAUGCCCUAUGCUAUGAGGUGAAUAGGUUUUCAGUUGUUUUUGUGGUGUUGUUAUAAGGUGCCAAUUCUAGUUCAUGUUUUCCUGUGGAUUUUAUGCUUCUUGUUAUUUGCACUUUGAUUUGAGCUGUUUUGUUCCAAGCUGGCUCCCAUAGCACUGGGAGACCCCACGGCCUCCACCGUCUGACCUUCUGUCCUCACAAAGAAGUUUCAGACAUUUAAAGAGGGCCCUCUGGAGGGUUUUUAGCCCAUAUGAUUGCAAAUACUUAUCUAGAUGUAUAAAUUAAGCUUUCUGUGCUUGGUUUUAAGUGUAAAGAGAGACCUGUGUGAAUGUGAAGUCAUUUCUCCCUCAUAUGGAAUGAUAUUUGUUUGUUGGUGAUAUUUCUCUCUGCGGUCUCCUUCUCCAAACCAGCUUCCUUUCAAUAAAACUGCAAAGUAUGAAAAUCA